AGCAGGCGCUUAGUUUGACAAGUUCGAAAUCGAAUUUCCGCCGGACUCAUAAUCUACGGUCAGUUUCGAUGCUGGCGAAAGGAAGAAAAGCUUCAGGGCGAGGAGAGGCCGUGGCGCCGAACUACGCGUUCGGGCCGCUCGAAGAUGACGUCAUCAUCAAACACAGACUUCUCACACGGACCACCACCACCACGAGAGGCGAACCGCCGUUGAAGAAGCUCCAGAAGAAAUUCACUUCCCUGUUCGUUGAGCUCGACAAGAACGAAGACAACUUCACCGACUGCGACAGGCUCGCCAAGGCUUUCCUGCAGGUGCUCAACACGUUCGAGAUUCCGCUCCUAAAGAGCAAAGCCGUCGUGGAUGCAAAUCUCCGGGAGAAGCACAAUUUCGAUGAGCUGAGGGAGGAGAUUAACCGGCAGAUUGUACAGGCGAAGACUGACAUUCAGAUACUGAAGAAGCAGCUCGAAUUUCAAUUUGCUUAUCUCCAUGUCUUGUUCAAUGCCAUUAGUUCCUAGGCACUCAUUGAAAGGGGCUUGAAUUUCAAUUUGGAAAGCUUUCUAUUAUUUGUAGAGCGUGUGCCAUUCAAAUUGUUAAGUAGAUGUCAAGGAUUGCAAGGUAAGUGAAUGUGACCCUUCUAUCACCAACGGGUCCGUUGUAAAUUUAGUCAAAAGGACUCCACGAAGAACACCGGAGCUCCCCGAGCUCCGAUCAACCCCAAAACCUAGACAUAUUAUAUACCAAAUUGAAGCUACGGAGGAGAGGAGUAUAAAUAUACCAAUAUUUGGCCCUGAAGUGGCCGGAAAACGGCUCAAAAGCCGUCGGGCCCUCGCCGGAAAACUGAGUUUCUUGCUUUCUCUGUUCCUGUGCAAAUCCGACGUUUAAAUCGCAAACUCUAGGUUAUAAUUAAACCACCAUGACGAAAAUGAAAGAAUC